AUGCACAGGGUAUGGAUUGGAUACGGAGUGAAGCCCCAGUCACAUCAAACGUACCAUUUACAAUCAUUUUUGAAGCAGAGGAACUUAGUGUCAACAGUUCAUCCUUAUCAGUUGAUGACUUCUCAUUGUCAAAUGGAGCAUGUAGCACACAUGGUAAUUGUUGUCAUGUGAGAAAAUGUCAAGUAACAAACUCCUGUAACUUUGAAGAGGAUUAUUGUCUGUGGACCAAUCUCGGAGGUGAGACUGAUACCCAAAAUGUCCUAGCCUACUACUGGAAACGCUAUCAGGGUCUACAGAGGACUGCCAGUUUUGCCCCAGUGAUUGACCACACAACUCAGACAGUCCAUGGCUACUACAUGCUUGUGGAGUCAUCACUGGCAGAUACAGGCUCCUUGGCCCGCCUCUACA